CCAUUAGAUUAUAAAAGAAUUAUCAAAAAAUCUUAUGGUAAUAAAGCAAUAUAUAGUUUCAAACUGCUUCUUAAAGAAAAAUUAAUAAAUCAAUAUUCCUUCUCAAAAUAUAAAUAUAGUAAAUAAUAAAAAAAAGAUAAAAUGAGAUAGAUUAUUUUCCUUAUUUUAUUAGUCUGCUUAAUAAGCUCUGCCUAUACUUAAAUUCUUAGGCCACAACCCAAAAAGCUAAGCUUGAAGAAAUCCUUUUUUAAGAAUUUCGCCUACAGCUAUAGAGAGAAAUUAAACUUAACUACUCAAUGCAACAAUGUCAACAUCACAGAGCAUGACGGAGUUUCUUUAUCUGGAUACUUAAAUGUUGGUAUUUAGAACUCUUCAUCUGCCUUAGGUUUCAUUUUCUUUGGCGCUAAAAAUCUUUCUAUUUCUGAGUUGAGAAAUCGCCCAACUAUCAUGUGGCUUAAUGGUGGUCCUGGAUGCUCUUCUUAAUUUGGUAAUUUCUUUGAGCUUGGUCCUCUUAAAGUUUUUUAAGGAGAAACUAGUGAAGAUUUUUAUUUUGAAAAAAAUGAAUAUGCUUGGUCUAAUGAAUAUAAUACUAUAUUUAUUGAUCAACCAAUCGGUACAGGUAUUUCUUAUGCCGAAGAAUUUUCAUAAAUUCCUGUUAAUGAAACAUAAGUUGCUGCUUAAUUUUAUCAUGCCCUUACUGAACUUUAUGAAAACACAAACGGAUGCUUUAAUCAAUUAGGCUUAAAACCUGAAAAUUCUCCUCUUUUCAUAUAUGGUGAAUCUUAUGCUGGAAAAUACAUUCCUUCAAUAGCUUAAAAAAUUGUUGAAGAAGGAAACAAACUCAACUUAAAAGGCAUAGGUAUUGGUGAUGGAUUUACUUCCCCAUAUUAUGAUGUCUAAGCUGUUAACUAAUAUGCUUUCGAUGAAGGUUUGAUAGAUACCAGUUAAUAUAACUAAAACUUAUUGUUAGUUUAAGCUUCACAAAAGGCUAUUAACGAAUCUAAUUGGUAAGCUGCAUCUGACUACUUUAAUUAAGUUGUUGGAAAUAGUUGCCCAAGUGGUGUAGAUGUCUAUAACAUUUUCCGUUCUGAAGAACCUGAUUCUUCUGCUCUUGAUGGCUUAUUUAACUCAUAAUUUGGCUAAUAACUUUUCCAUAUCUAACUCAAUAAGGAUUAUGAAUAGUGUGAUUCUUAAGUUUAUGAUGCUCUUUCUACUGAUUUCAUUUAAAAUAAUUGCGUCUAAAAGGUUACUUACUUACUUGAAUAAGGUAUCUAAGUUAAUGUAUUUAAUGGUGAUUUAGAUUUAAUUGUACCAUACUAUGCUCCUUAAUUGUGGAUUAACACUUUGGAAUGGUCAAAAAUCUAAUAAUACAAAUCAGCUGAAACCUUAGUAUGGAGAAAUAAUUCUACAAUUUAUGGUACAGUUAAGUAAUAUGAUAACUUAUCAUUUGUUAUUGUUUUUAAUUCAGGCCACAUGGUACCUUAAGAUCAACCAGAAGCAUCCUUGGAUAUGAUUAAAAAUGCUGUAAAUUAUGCACUAAAUAAAGCCCAGAAAGUAUAAACUUCUGAAAUGUGA